UGGUGUCUAUUCUUCAGCAAGGCUCAAAGCCCAUUCUUAUUUAGGAUGUGUCAGAUAGCCAUUAGCAGGUGAAGCUGAAACCAUUUUAGAAGUUACUGCAGGUACCUUUCCUCUUUCAUUAUUUAGGGCUUGUAUCUCUACCACUGUGUGCACAAUGAACCACUUGAGAUCUUUUCAUCCACUUGGAAGAAAAAUCAUCCAGUGUAUAUUUUAAAUAAUACUUAGCUGGGAAUUUAAGUUAAAUAGAUGACUUGUGUAAAGCUGGACUAGUUCCCUCAACAAGCCCUCUGUAACUACCCAAAUCCUAGGACCAGAAAAUGAGUGGAAGUGGGGAUGCAACAGGGAGAGUGAGACUCUCCCCUAUCAGAUCACUUUAUUUUCUGAACCUGCAUGUGUAGGUGACUUAACUGCAGGAAUAUCAAAAUGCCUAAUCUUGAACAUCCAGCAUAUCCAGCAGCUGCACUGCUUCACUUGGAAAGUUUGGUGCCUUGUCGAGAAUCCCAGGUGUCCUUGUUGCUGUCAAUAUUUGGAGAGCGUCAGCAGUUUAGUUUUCCAUCGAUUUUUAUCUACGGACAUACAUCUAGUGGAAAGACUUAUGUGAUGCAAACUCUUCUAAACACCUUACAGCUUCCUCAUGUGUUUGUGAACUGUGUGGAAUGCUUUACAUCACGACUUCUUUUAGAAGAAAUUCUCAUCCAGUUGCAACGCUAUUCUUCUGAAACAGAACCAACCUCUCCUGUGCCUUGUGAUACAUUCAAUGACUUUGUACGUCUGUUUAAACAGGCUCUUGUGAGUCGAAAGCUUCAAGAUCAAACAUUGUACAUUGUACUGGAUAGAGCAGAACAGCUGAGGGAAAUGGAAGCAAACAUCCUGCCAGCAUUUCUUAGGCUUCAAGAGUUGACUGACAGUAAUGUGACAGUUGUCCUGCUCAGUGAAAUAGUGUGGGAACUGUUCCGUCCAAACAUGGGAUGCUUUGAUCCACUCACUUUGUAUUUUCCUGAUUACAGCAUAGGACAUCUGCAGAAGAUCUUGUCUCAGAAUCAUCCCCCAGAAUAUACUGCAGAUUUCUAUUCUGCAUAUAUCAAUAUUCUGCUUGGUGUCUUCUACAUGGUCUGUAGGGACCUGAAAGAACUUCGGCAUCUGGCAGCGCUCAACUUUUCUAAGUACUGUGAACCAGUGGUCAGAGGGGAAGCAAAUGAGCGCGACACCCGCAAACUCUGGAAAAAUAUUGAACCUCAUCUGAAGAAGGCAAUGCAGACCGUUUAUCUCCGGGAAAUAUCCAGCUCACAGUGGGAGCGCUUACAGCAUGAUGAUGGAGAGCCUGGGCAGUUGAAAGGACUUUCUGCACAUACACAUGUGGAACUUCCUUAUUACUCCAAAUUUCUUCUGAUAGCUGCUUACCUUGCCUCCUACAAUCCUGUUAGGACAGAUAAGAGAUUCUUUCUUAAGCAUCAUGGGAAAAUUAAAAAGACCAAUUUUAUGAAGAAACAUGAGAAGACCAGCAAUCACCUGCUUGGGCCAAAGCCAUUUCCCCUGGACAGAUUGUUAGCAAUAUUAUAUAGUAUUGUGGACAAGAGAGUUGCUCCAACUGCAAAUAUAUUUUCCCAGAUCACCUCUCUUGUGACUCUCCAGCUGUUAUCCAUGGUUGGCCAGAACGACCAGCUGGAAGGACCACGAUACAAAUGUACUGUAUCUCUGGACUUCAUCAGAGCUGUUGCCCGGACCGUGAACUUCGACAUAAUAAAGUACUUGUACGAUUUCUUGUGAAAACAAGCUUCACAGCCAUAUGGACACUGUGACAAUGACUAAGGCAAGCUGUGUUCAUCUCUCUACUUAGCUGGCCAGAAAGAAGAGUAUUUUGGCUCUUUUGGAUUUGUCCAAACAGGUGCUGGCCCAGCAUGGAACCUGAUGGAAAUACUCUGAUUGGUCUGGGUGGAUCUGAGCAGAGGACUAUUUACCAGGGACCCUGGAGUAUUUGGAAGCAAUGUGUUAAUUAUAAACAGCAGGGUUUGAGCACAAUCUGUUCAACUCUUAAUGAUGUUAUCUUAACACUGAAAUUGCCUGAAACCCAUUUACUUAGGACUGCAUUUUGCUCUAUGAACUCUCCCCAGUGCUUUGAACAUGGCAGCAGCCGUUGUUUGUAUGCCCAGUCUUUUCACUUCCUCUCCGCAGGAAUCUUUGCAAUUGCCUGCCAAAGCAGCUUUUCCUGAGGCCACCAUUUUAGGAGAGUGGAGUAGCAAAGUAUAAUAAACAUAAGAACAUAUUUAAAAAUCAA